CCACAGCGCGCGUCGUUUUGCUUUUGGAGGACCAAGCCUGCGCCCCCAGCCUCCCGGGGACAACAUCCACCUCAGGCAGCAGCGGAAGCAGCAACUGAAGCAAAAGGCGCUCCGAAGCGGACAGCUUUGCGGGAACAAGAGACCAGGUUCAGUGAAGAAAAUUAAGGCAUUGAUCUGUGCCACACUCUCAUUACCGCUGGAAAGCAAACCCGCACCUGUAUGCUGACGGAUCCGAUUCUCCGCUGCCAGGAUGUGGGGUGUUUGCCGGUACACUACUGGUCACUACUGAUGAAAUAUUGGUUCCCAAAAGGUCGUUCAAAGGCUCCGAGGAAAUUGCCCAGCCGUGGCCUCGGAUCCGCUGAAUAAGUCCCGGCACAGUGGACAAUAGGACCGCUGCAAACUUUGAGGGACCUGUUUGCGUCCUAUAUUGACGGCAUAAGGUGAGGGAGAGAAGAGGGAAUACGAAGUCAGCCAAAUUCGGAAUCACCAAAAGCAGCUGCUGCGUUACCUUGCCCGGCUGGGACUUACUCGCCACAGAGAACUAAAAAUGGCACGGUUGGUUCGACGGAUGGGAUCGUCUCGACUUGGCCGUAACGAUACGGUUGCAUGCUGCUCCUACUUACUACCCAAGGCUAGCGCCAAAGCUACCGAACUAGAGGAAAAUAGAUCGAAAAAGUAAACCAGCCUCUUGGGGGAGCCCACCGCACUAGCGCAUACGUGGUGGAGGCGGGUUGCAGCACUACUACAUUCAACUCCCGAUUUGCUUUUUGACGCAAACUGUACGCUCGGGACCAGCCCAACUUUGAUACAAAGCAAAAUAUAGAGCUUGCGGCGCUGAUAUGGAGCAAGACCAGAAAAUCCAGAAGAAGGAUUCGGCUGCUUCGGGCGGAGCGAGCUUAGAGCGCACAUGUUUGUGUCGAGACAUGAAGGGAGAGGGUCCUGAGCUGAGGCCAGCUUAUACGGUUGGAUUAAUCUGGCCGUUGGACUUUUGGGCCAUGUCUCAGUGGGAUCAGCAGCCAGAGCAGGGUGUUGACGGCGCAAACAAAGCUGGGCACUGGCGAACCCAUCUGGCAUCUGUGACGCUGCUCCAAAAGCCAUCUUGGGCAUAUAUUCAACAGUCGCGGGCGACGCGGAACGGUCCCGAGCAUGGUGGCACUACAGCCGGUUGGGCCUAAUAUACAUUGCCUUCAUUUAGCUGUGACGGGUGAGCCCCUCAACGACGCCAAUUGAUGGCCGUCGGAACCCUGGGAAGGGUCAAUCAUCCUUGUAGGCUGUCAAUUAGUACGUGCGCCCGCAGCCGCUGUCAACGGCGGAGAUCAACCCAUUAAGCAAGGCACGGGCCAAGGAUAGCCAAAUCGCUGGUCGAGUCUGUCUGUGGCGGCGGAAGCCGAGAAGUGCCAGGGUGUAAUAGAGAGAGAGAGGAUGGUUGAGAUCUUGGCCCAUGGUCUAUUCACUGCCAAAUUAGAGGUACUAGUUUGCUCCCGCCCGUCUGGGUCGAUAGCCUUCUGCGGGCAUGCCGGGACGCGCAAUUCAGGUACGAGAAUGGGUAUGUUUUUUUCCGUAACCUGAUCUGUUUCUGUUGAGGAUUGGCAGGCGCAAAAAAGUAAACAAGGUGCAAAGCAAACAAAGGGCACGGUUUGAGAAAAGAAGAAACCUGCCCAGGCACUCAGGAGGGGGCGUGGGGUUGUUUGUCACUGAAUGCAUCGCUGUGGAGAGCAGGUCGACAAAUCAGCAGCAAACGAAAAAGAAACAGGUCGAAAAGAAGCACUGUGGGCAAACACACAGCCAGUUAGCGAGGGAGAGAGACGAAGACGUUGGAAAAGAACACUCCCCUCGUAUGCUGCGGACACCACCCCAUGUCUCGAAAAGGUGCAGCGGCAGCGGCUUCUGUUUUGCAGGCUGCAGUAGCGUGUCACUUUUUUCAGUUUGCCGUGUCUCGCCCUCUGCGCAUCGUCAUUCUUUUUUUUCCUUUUUUUCCCUUUGGACUGCGUGCUGCGUCGCUUGCUCACCCAGAAAAAGAAAGCCAAGGGAGGAUGCUGUGGCGGAGAGGGGCACACCACUUCCACUUCACCCACGGCACUAGCAGCCACGCCUCCCCACAGUGGCUACAGUGGCCGCAACCCUUGCUUUUUCGCCUUGUUGUCGCCCUCGGGGCCCUGCGAAGACACGCCCGCUGAGAGAGAGGGUCUUAAAACAGACUGGCUCCCCUUUGGACGGGUCAUGGAAAAGAUAUUUCCUUAAAGCGAGAAAAUCGUACACGAGAAAUCGAAUCGCAUUCUUUCGCCGAUAUUCUCGCCACAGCUCAGCGUCUCGUCACCGACCUUUCGCCCUUUCGCCUUGGCCUUUGACCGGCGGCGCCAUUCUUUUUUGUGUGACUUCCCGAUUAGGAACACCUCGUCACUGCAACGCAACCACCCUGCCACUUUUGGAGCCUGCGCCAGCUGCCCGCCAGGUGCCCAGCACUUACACGCCCGCCGUCAGACCGCAAAAGCUCAACACUCGUCGACCUCUUCACCGGUAUUCAGCAACGCCUCACGCAGAAAUUCAAGAGAGUCUUUAUUAGUCGAGUCUCCUCUGCUCACUUUUUGCUACCGCAUCUCAUUCUCAUUUUUUUCUCACCCUCUUGUUGCGUCAGAUCCUCCCAAGACACCCAUCUCGUAACCAUUCGGUCAGCGUACGACGUGGCUUCAGCAACAAGACGUAGCACUUGCAAGUCACCGCUACUCAACGUCACUUGCACCAGCCACGCAAGACAUUAUACAAGUAAACCUGUCUCGCCCAUCUCGCCUACGCCUUCCCCAGACUUUCUCAAACCAUCUCCGCCAAAAUGACAAACGGUUUCGACCGCCUCGAGCGGCUCUUCUCCAACUACAAGAGAAAGGGCUCUGCUCCCAUCGCCGGAGAGCCCAUCUCUCCAAUCGCCCGCGCUGCCAUUGAACAGCAGUUUCCCUCUCCUUCGUUUAUUCGCCCCAAGGUUUCCCGCAUGUGUGCUCGCGAAGAGAGAACCUUGAGACUCGCCAACGGCCGUUCGCCUUCUGUUCCAGACAUGUUUGCUGCUGGCGACUUCCGUGGCCAUGCCCGCAACGCUGGUUCAACUGACAGCAGCAACAGCUCCCAGAAGCCUCUUGGACGCUCGCCUUCGCUCAACCACCACCGACAUGAGCCUCUGAUGAGCGGCCUGCGUAACUUUGAGUUCCCCAAGCCUCCUCCCAGUCGCGACGGCAGUAUCCGCAUCAGCCCAAAGGACUCCGCCGAGGCCAUGCGUAUCCCUAGCCCGCGCUGCCUCUCGCCACUCCAAGUGAGCAUCCCUCCAAACCGCAUGGAUACACCUCCUUCGUCUGACCCCGAGGAUGAUGGCUCGCCCUAUGGAUAUCUUGCUAAAAAGAGACUUCCUAAGCUCCCCCACAUGGCACCACCCACCCCAGAAGAGUCCCCCGAACUCGCACCCUUUCCUGAGCACAAGCUCCGUGCCUGCAAGUCCGAAGAGGGUCUUGGACAGUCCGUGUUCCAGGACAUGUUCUUUGGCGCAGAAGAGCCUCCUUGCAGCCAAGAGUUGCGCCAUGCCAGCAGCCACGACAGCCUGGCAGGCUCAGUCCGCAACUCAUACGAAAGCUCCACGCUCCGUGAGCCCCUUGUUCGCGAGUUCCUUGAGCUUAGCGACGAUGAUAUCGCUGAGGAUACUGCUACCGAGAGCUUCCACUCUAUUCCCAUCGAGGAACCCAAGCAGACUCUCCCUUCUAUGGGCCUGUCUAUUUCUCAGCGCUCCCCUGCCAACCCUCAUCUCACUCUCACCCCCCCUAGAGCAACUCAGCCCGCUACUGCUGCUGCUUUUGAAGCUGCUCGCAUUGCUCGACGCUACGAUUUUGAUCUGGUCUACGUCGUGAACCUGUGGCCCGGUCAGGAGGAGAGCAACGGUGAGAGACAUCUCAUUGGCCGCCUUUUGGCUGCCCACGGUCUUCAUCACGUUCCCUCACCACUUCAGAUUUCCUCGAAGAUCCACACCGAUAUUCUCCGCUCUGAUGGAUGGAUCGAGUACCGCAAUGCUGAUGCUGCUGAGCAUGACCUUGCUCGUGGCUACGGCUGUGCCUUUUACACUGGCCAGUACAACCGAAGCGGCUCCAUCGACUCCAACGCUCUUGUUUCUGGCGUUCGUCUCUCUGAACAGAUUGACCGCGGCAUUGUCUUUGCUGCUUACCGCAAGCCUCGUGCUGGUGAUUCCAAGCUUGGUCACACUUUUACUGACCGCGAGCUGGGUGACCUUCACAAGGAUGCCGAGGUCCUUGUCGAGAUGCUCAUCGACAUCCAUGUCGCCAACAGAUUGCGCCAGCCCCCCACGCUCAAGGGCAUGUCCGACGAGACUGGUCCAAUGCCUGUUCAGGAAAACCCCAUUCACUAAAUCUACCCGCACUAUACAUUCUAUGAUCUACCGCAGCGUACAGGCGCACAUCACCUGACAGGCAUAUGACUCCCUUUCUUCACUUUGCUACCACGGCGGCCUUUAUGAUUCACUUUCAAAAGCUACGAUACCACACUUUGACGUCGAACACGACUUUUUCUCACUUGCUUUUUGUUUUAAUUCGGAUUCACGGUACGAAUUCUCUUCUAUGAUGUGACGUUUAUGAAAGGAAACCAGUAUUGGUUUUGGAGUUUCUUGUUGUUAGCUCUUCUUACUGUAAUACCUCUUGGGUGGCGGUAUAUGCUUUCUUUCCUCUUUCUUUUCUUUCAGCUCCCCAUAUAUACUAUGGCGCAUCGUCCAUAAUCGCUGGAGGUCUUUUCCUUUCUCUUCUGUUGCUCUCAUUCCCUUUUGCUUCAAAACUUGGUCAUCCACCAUCGGGUGACGGGCUCAUGGUGGUCUUUUGGUUCUGAACAAUAUGCAUUCAAGUAUAUAGCAAAAUAUAAGCAACCCGAUCCGGGCUAGCUGUACUCUUUUAAAACAUUUUCCAAUUCUUUCCUUCUGUGACAAAAUAAUUAUAAUGCGUAAUCACCAUAGUUAGAAUACCGCAACUGGUGCGCCUCUCACGACGUUUGUAACGGCACGCCGAGCAUCAGGAUUGAAAUCAGUGUUGAACGAACAGCUUGUUAAUUAUAUGAUUAUUUCUUAUUAUUAUGUAUAUACUUUAGUCAAAAGGAAUACGUCGAAGGGGUUCUGCCUUGCCCAUCUUGCGAAGCUCCUGUGCCGCAGCAAUGCUGCUCGGGACUUUGAUGCCACAGCAGUCACCCCAUCCCUUAACCCCAUGGUCAUGUCCUUCGUGCUCGCCAUCCUCGUCUGCCAUGGACGCCUCAUCUUCUUGGCUCAUGCUCUCUUCUGCAGGAACUAACGAACCAAAUAGAAAAUGUUGCAUAACUGGCAGCUUUCCUAGCACCUCGGCCACAAACAUGCGGCGCAUGCCUUCGUUGAUCUUGGUCCAUGACUUUGCCGACGAUAUGUCGUCGAGCAUUGGGCUGUGCCAUCGCAGGCCCUUGACUGUCUUGGUACUGUUGACAAAGUUGACCUGGCCCAGAUACAUGUAAUCCUCGCCAAACUCUUCUAACGUAAGGGCGUGGUGGAUAGCCCGUGGUGUGAUAUAGCUGUGGUCGCGAAGCUGUGAGGCGCCAAAUAGAAACGGUAGAAAUUGGUAGUCAUCUAAGCCCCAUACGCCGUGUGAUCCUGCAGGUUCCAAGUAGUACAUCAUCUGCACGGUUCGCAUGAGACGCAGGUAGCGGACAAAGACGCGGAGGACGAGGCCGGGGAAGUCUGUCUUUUGGACGGCACCCAGUUGGUACAGACAGAGCAUCCAGAUGGCAAAGUUGAGUUCGUGGCCUGAUCCGUAGUCGAUACGGUUGCGGUUUCCAAAGGACUGAUUAAGGUAUGCGGAAAGCUCGUUGAUGGCGUCGGGGUUUGUGAUACCCAGCGAGUUGUGCCAGGCGGGCAGCUUCUCCUUAACAAGGUCUAAGAAUCCGCGAAAGGCUUUGUUGCCGAACCUUGAGCCGCCUUGUUCAUUCGGAGGUGACUGCUUCGCCAGCUCUUCUGCCUCGUCCAGGAUAGCAACUAAUGCUCUGAUCUGGUCGCUAAAGUCGGCGUCUGAGUAGUCUGAAUCUGGCGUACCCACGACAGACUCUGCGAGCCCGAAAACCCAUGCGACGAUGAGAUCUCUUGUGGGUGACUUGAGAAAGAUUUCAUGGUCCUUUGGUGAUAGGAUGCGCCGUGUCGGUGUGCUAAAUGUCCAAUUUGAUAGGUCUGGCGGGUUGGGCAGAGGCGGCGUGUCGGGGACUGGUGUGCGGUUGGCGGCGGGCUGGCGGCGAGAACGGGGCUCUAGCUUGGGGAUCAGCGUCCUCAGGUUGGGGAUUUCUUUGGCAGCAUCUGUUGGGGGAGCAGAUGCGGCGCUGUUUGGCGUAGCCAUGAUGUCGAAAUAUUCGAAUGUGGUGGUG